CCGGUCCUCCAGUCUGCACUCCGCGCGGCGAGGGAAGCCGGCCCGCUUGGAGGGGCUCGCCGCAGGUGUCCUGAUGGCCAACUUCAAGGGCCAUGCUCUCCCAGGGAGCUUCUUCUUGAUAGUUGGACUGUGGUGGUCAAUCAAGUACCCAUUUAAAUACUUUCACCAAAAGAAGAAGAAAGAUCAACUGACUCGUCAAUAUCAGCGUCUCGAGAUUAUUGAAGCGGCCAUCAGGCUUUUGUUUUCGAUCAUUGGGAUCCUGGCUGAGCAGUUUGUUCCUGAUGGGCCCCACCUCCAUCUCUACAAUGAUGACCACUGGGUGAAGCUGAUGAACUGGCAGCACAGCACCAUGUACCUCUUCUUUGCCGCCUCGGGAAUCAUCGACAUGGUCACCUAUCUUGUCACCCAUGUUCCCUUGGGGGUGGACAGACUAGUCAUGGCUGUGGCAGUACUCACUGAAGGUUUGCUCUUCUACUACCAUGUUCACAACCGGCCACCGCUGGAUCAGCACAUCCACUUUCUUCUGCUGUAUGUUCUGUUUGCUGGGGCUUUCAGUAUCUUCCUGGAGGUGAUCCUUCGGGACAACAUUGUGCUGGAACUUUUCCGAACCAACCUUGUUAUUCUUCAGGGUACCUGGUUCUGGCAGAUUGCAUUUGUGCUGUUCCCACCUUUUGGAACCCCUGCAUGGGACCAGAAAGAUGACCACAACCUCAUGUUCAUCACCAUGUGCUUCUGCUGGCACUACCUGGCUGCCCUCUGCAUCGUGGCCACCAACUACUCUCUGGUUUACUGCCUUUUGACUCGGUUAAAGAGACCCAAGGAUGGAGAAAUCAUUGGGAUUUCGAAGCUGAAGUCAGACUACACCUGCCAGACGGCCCUCCUGAACCACUCAGAUGAGGAGUGAGAAUGGACCCCAGUGCCUCUAAGUAGCUGAGCUCCCUGUUUUCAUGCUUGCUUUGCUCUGAUUUUAAGGUGCUAUGUAUUUGCACCUCUAUAUUUAAUUUAAAGAGCUGGAGGCUCUCAUAAGAAAUUAGGGCUUUGGCACUUUGUAUACCUUGCUGGUUUGGAUUUCUAAACAUUUCAAACUAUCAUCUGUGUUGGUGUGGUAUCCUUCAUAAAGAAAAAUGUAGUAAUACCCAUAAGCAGCAAGCCUUUGUGUGUAAAGAGAAAUCAGAGCCUCUGAAGGUUCUAGAACAGGAAUUGGCCUAAUGAGUGAGCCUAAGAUAUGAAUCCAGCAGAACUUACAGCUUUGGACUUGUCUCUUUUAUGCUGAGGAAAGCAGUGCUUUAUCAGAAAGAUAUCCGAGUGUUAAGUGAUGACAGUGCCUUUAUGUUAGAUACACAAUGCUAACUUGUAUGUUUUUUUUAAGUAAAAUAAUAUAAAAGCUUUGGUAUUUUAAAUAUGACUUAUUAAAUGUCUCCUAACCACAAUAUU